UUUUUUUUUUUUUUUGCUGUAGGUUGUGGCCAGUUUAUAGAUGACAGCCGUAAACAAGCUGCAGGGAAGCUCGAGUAGUGUGGUGAGAGCUAAAACGGUUCAGCGCGGAGCUCAAAGUGAGUGUCAGUAUACAAAUGGUGAGGGGUAGAGCUGUGGCCCAUUGUGGGCUGGUUCUGCUAAGUUUGUGGCUGUGUAUCCAGUCAGUGCCUAUUAGUGUGGACAAGACCAAAGAAAAGCCUAAAAAGGAGGAAUUGGAGCCACCACAGAGUGCUGAAACUGGGCUGCACUACGACCGCUACCUCAGGGAAGUCAUUGAGUUCCUCGAGAAAGACCCCCACUUUAAAGAAAAGCUUAAAAAUGCCAACAUGGAUGACAUCAAGCAAGGCAAACUUUCCAAAGAGCUGGACUUUGUCCACCACAAUUUUCGGACUAAGCUGGACGAGCUGAAGAGGGAGGAGAUGAACAGGUUGCGGAUGCUCAUCAAAGCCAAACAUGACAUUGAGGGUGGGAAUGGCCGGACAGUGGACCACCAGGCCCUGCUGAAACAAUUUGAGCACCUCAACCACAUGAACCCAGACACUUUCGAGGUGGAGGACCUGGACCGCCUCAUCAAAUCGGCGACCACAGACCUGGAGAACUUUGACAAGGACCGCCACGAUGAGUUCAAGAAGUAUGAGAUGUUGAAGGAGCAUGAGAGGAGGGAACGUCUGAAGGCUAUGAAUGAGGAGGACCGCAAGAAGGAGGAGGAGCUCUAUGAGGAGAUGAAAAAGAAACAUAACAACCAUCCAAAAGUUAACCACCCUGGCAGUGAAGACCAGCUGAAGGAGGUGUGGCAUGAGGCAGACGGUUUGGACCCAGAAGACUUUGAUCCCAAGACCUUCUUCAAAAUGCACGACAGCAAUGGAGAUGGAUUCUUUGAUGAGAGCGAGCUUGAAGCUCUCUUCACUAAAGAGCUGGAGAAGGUGUACAAUCCCGAAAAUGAAGAAGACGACAUGGUUGAGAUGGAGGAAGAGAGACUGCGAAUGAGGGAGCACGUUAUGAAAGAGGUGGACACCAAUAAAGACAGACUUGUGUCACUAAGCGAGUUCAUGGCAGCCACGACGAAGGAGGAGUUCUUGGAAAAAGAUGAGUGGGAGACUUUGAAUCAAAACCCCCUAUACACCGAGGAAGAGCUGAGGGAGUAUGAACAGCAACUGGCCAACGAGGGGGAUGACAUCAAUAGGAAAUCGGCCGAGCUGCAGAAACAGAGAGAGGAUCUCGAAAGGAAAGAGCAAGAACUUAAUGCUCAGAAGUUGGGGCUACAGCAGGCAGUAGAUGAAAUGGAAAGGUUAAAAGCCCAAAGCUCAAAGGCUGAGGUCAUCAAGCCCGGAGCUCCUGUAACUGAAGGUGAACCUGCACCAAUUGUACCAGGAAACAGUAAACCACUGCCCCCUGGUCACCAGCAGCAAGAUGUACCAGUGCCAAGACACUCUUAGCAGGCCUCAGUACUCUGUGUGGGCUGUAUGUGUGCCAGUGAGCGUGCGUGUGUGUGUUUGCCUUGUAAUGAUUCCAAUUUACCAUUUUUGUUUAGGAUUUUCCAAAAAAAAAUGCCUAAAUGUUAAGAGCACAUAAGAUAUAAGAACUCAGAUUUAGUGCCAGUGCCCAUAAUGCCCGAUUUCGCUGCAUAAAUCAGACUUGAAAUGUGGAGCGGGUCCAGAUUCCUUUGUGGACAAUCGACUCUUUUGUUUAGUUUUUUUGUUUUGAUCUUCACAAGGACUCUGUUACUCUCUGCUCUCCAGGGGAAGUGCUAAUGGGGUGACAUUGGGGGGGGGGGGGCUUUUAGGCCUGGUAAGUGAAUGUUUUGUUUAGCACACUGUAGUUAAUUCUCAGUGGUACUGUCUCUUAGAGACAAAUACUAAUUAUUUAUUUAUUCCAUUAAAGAAAGCUGAUUAUUUCAGAAAACAUAUAUGCUGCCUAAUGAAAGAAAAUGUCCUAUUUACAUUUUUAAUGUAGUGAAAGGAUUAAUUAAUUCAGCACAUCCAUAAAAUAUUUCUCUUUUUAUUUAACAUUUAUUUCACCAUUUUCCUUUUGAAAUAUGUUUUCAUUUUAAAAUGUGACACUGUGUAUGUGUUGGUGUAGAAAGUAUGCUAUCAAUAUUUAAAAAAACACUUGAUUUUGUCCUCAAUCUCUUAACUGUUUUAUAUAACUUAAGAGGACCCCAGACAGCAACAAUUCUCAAAGGUCUUUUUAGACCCUUUGCAGAAACAGACCAAAUGACUGAAGAACAUAUUUGUUUACAGAUAGUUACAUUAAAUAUUGAAAUCUUAUAAUUUAAUUGUGCUGGUUCAGAGUGAUGAUUGUAUACAUUCUAAAAUAGUUGUAUGUGUUUGCGUGUCUGCAUUUGUGUCAGUUCUCAUGAUAGAUUACUUAAAAAAAAAAUUUAAAAAGCUGGUUGAAUUUGACCUUGUCUCUGUCAUAGGAGUUGGGAAAGCGUGAAUUAAACAAGUAAACAGUCACAAGGUCAAAAACUGACUUCAGAACUGUCUUCAUUAAGGAUUAAUACAACAGAUAAGAGAUAGACACAGAAAAGGACACAUAGUUUAUGUUUAAUUGAGGAAUCAAGAUACAAUACUUUUUUCAUUCCUUUCAAAGAGCAGUUAAAUCUGUCCAACAUCCUGAAUUUGUUGUACAAGGUUUGAAUGCAGUCAAUAAAGUGGAUGAGCUUGCA